AUGCUCUUUUUCGGAGAGGGUCAACUUAGAGGAAAAAGGGGUUUGCCUUCAGCAGGGAAAGGGUCUGGGCCUUCAAUAAAGGCUAGCCUGCAGAAGACAAAAAUAGGGGAAGCAGUCGUCAAGCUCCGGGCACCGGUGUGGUGCUGGCCGAAGGCUCUCCGAUGCUUAAGUCAGCUAAGAAUGUCGGGAGUUUCGGCAGGUGCUCGGCACCUCGGAAGAGUGUCUUCCUUCGGCAAGAGAGAAGGCGUGUCUGCCUUGGUGCUAGUUGUUUUGAGACUGGAUAUGCUCGGUUGA